UCGUCGUACACCCAUAUAAGUCAGAACUCAAAACAAAAAAACAGCCGAAACCAAACCUUUGAAGAUCUCUCUCUCUCUCUCUCUCUCUCUCUCUCAAAACCUUCAUCAACAAGCCCAAUUCUCUCCAUUUUGAUAGCUUGAAGUAGAAGAAUCUCGGAGAUGAGCCUGAGGUGCAUGAGCAGAGUUUUCUACCAGGCGGGAUCUCGGGCGAUGCAAGGGAUCAAGGACCAAGCUACCAAGUACGAUUCCACCUUCAAAUCCCUCAAAGAUUCGACGACCUCUUCUGCAAAGGUGAGGCGAUUCUCCAGCGCCCUCGAUUCCUCCGUGAAGACCCCCAACACCGAGAAGUUGAAGCAAGCCGAGGAGUCGCUUCGGACGGUCAUGUACUUGAGCUGCUGGGGUCCCAAUUGAAACAGAAGAGUUGGCCCUUCUUCCAUAUAACCAACUCUUCUUCCCUUCUUUCUCUGAUUCUCUGUAAAUAAAUAUGUUGAACGAUGGCGCCUGUAAAAUAAUUUCAUGUAUAAACAUGCUUUCGUUUUACAAGUUAAUUUCGUUUUGGUUCCAUUGCCGUUUUGGUCAGAGCUGCCACCAUACCUGAAAAUGUUUUAAAAAAGAAAAGUACAAGUUAAAAUGAUAUUUUCUGAGCUCGGUGGGCUGAUUUUUGAGAGAA